GGCCCCGCCUUACCAAGCUGUGGGGCGGAGUGUUGCGAAUUGAAAGAUUAUCGAAUCAUUUAAUUUAUCCGAUUUUAUCGUAUAUUUGGGACUAUAAGCAACGAUGCCGCUCUUUGAGGGUCUUGGGAGCGGCGGGGAGAAAACUGCUGUAGUUAUUGACUUAGGAGCGGCCUACACAAAGUGUGGCUUUGCCGGGGAGACAGGGCCACGAUGUAUCAUUCCCAGCGAACUCCAGAGACCAGGGCUGCAACAGCCCGUCCGAGUGGUUCAAUUCAAUAUCAACACAGAAGAACUCUACUCCAACCUCAAAGAGUUCAUCCAUAUGCUUUAUUUCAGACACCUGCUGGUGAACCCACGGGACCGGCGCGUGGUCAUCAUCGAGUCCAUCCUCUGCCCCUCCCACUUCAGAGAGACCCUCACUAAGGUUUUCUUCAAGCACUUUGAGGUUCCGUCGGUGCUUUUCGCCCCUAGCCACCUCAUGUCUGUCAUGACCUUGGGCAUCAACUCUGCUCUGGUGAUGGACUGCGGGUACACAGAGACCCUGGUGCUGCCUGUGUACGAGGGCAUCCCUAUUCUCUCUGCCUGGGAGGCACUGCCCCUGGCAGGAAAGGCCAUUCACAAAGAGCUAGAGGCCCAGCUCGUGGAGCAGUGCACUGUGGACACAGACUCCAGCACUGGACAGAGCGUCCCUGCAGUUAUUGGGACCAUUUCUGAGGAAGUUGUGGAAGAUAUUAAAGUCAGGACUUGUUUUGUCAGCGACCUGCAGAGGGGGCUGAAGAUCCAGGAGGCAAAGUUCAACCUGGAGGGCACGGCAGAGCGGCCAGCCCCACCCCCCGAUGUAGAUUUCCCAUUGGAUGGAGAGAAGAUCCUCCACAUCAAGGGAUCAAUAAGGGACUCGGUCAUAGAGAUGCUGUUUGAGCAGGACAAUGAGGAGAAGUCAGUGGCUACCUUAGUCCUGGAUGCUCUGGUCAAGUGCCCCAUCGACACGCGUAAGACCCUCUCGGAGAACCUGGUGGUGAUUGGCGGCACAGCCAUGCUGCCCGGCUUCCUGCACCGGCUCCUGGCAGAGAUUCGCCUCCUGGUGGAGAAGCCGCGGUACCAGCAAGCCCUGGCCACUAAGACCUUCCGUGUGCACAGCCCCCCUGCCAAGCCCAAUUGCACCGCCUGGCUGGGAGGUGCGAUAUUCGGGGCUCUGCAGGACAUCCUGGGGAGCCGUUCUGUGUCGCGGGACUACUACAACCAGACGGGUCGCAUCCCAGACUGGUGCUGCCUGAAUUCCCCGCCCCCAGAGUCCCUGUACGAUGCCGGAAAGACCCCGCCCCCGCUCAUGAAGAGAGCCUUCUCCACAGAGAAGUGAAGCCCACGUGUGACUGAUGCAACCCCUUGAAAUCUGGGGUCAACACUAGCCCUGCCCUGCUAUCCCCCCUCCCUUCCCAACCAGCCACCAGUCUGCACUACAACUGACAUAUGACCCACCCACCUACCCAGGCCUCAAUCACCCCACCCCCCUUCCUCAUCCCUGCCCCUGUACAUCAGGCCCAUCCAUAGCCUCCCAGACCCACCCCAUCCUGUGUCCCUGUCCCAGCACCUGUAUAGCAGUUGUUAAUGGUCUCUGCUGUGAUAGGUCAGCCAUCUGUGUAACACUAUGGUGCAUUGUUAGGAUGCUGUUACGGUGUGUUAUUUUAGUGAACGAAUGCCGUGUAUGAAGCCGCCACCCUGCCUCUGUAACCAUUUGGCCAAUCCGCAAGAGAGGUCGCCAGUGCUGGGGUGGGUCAAGCCGAGAGGGAGCCCUGGCAUGGGGUUCAUUCAGCUGAGCUGACGCCAUUCCUGGAGGCCUUUGUAGAAGUCAUUUUAAAGAUUCAUUCAGAACGGACUAUUCAGGUUCAGUCUGGAAAACAGUGUUUGUGUUUUUAUUUAAAGAACAUCUUUGUGUUGGACGUAACUUCAUUUUGCCUCACAGGAGUAUUACCAGUAAUGAAAGAUCAUGUGUUUGAUUUGCCUUUAAUUUAUUUAUGUGCUUUUUAUGUAACAUUGUAAAGUCAGUUCAUUGCUUUGAUGCAGUGUAUAACCCAGCUCUCUGUCAUGCACUGAGGUAUUUCUGUCAUCUAAAACACCACAAAAUAAA